UUCUUUGCUUAAAUUGGGCUGACACGGCUUUUGCAAAGAGGAAACCCACAGAGUAAAAGAGGGAAUUGGAGGUGAAGGCAGAGCUUUGAAAUCUAAAAUAAGGAAGUGAAGAGUAAGAAGCUAGAGGACACGCAAGCACUGUUAUACAGGAAGGACCUUUAAAGAAACAACAACAGAACACAGAACACUGAGACGUAUCUGUAAAACCAUCCGUACACAAACUGAGAGCAAAACAGCGACGGAAUGACAAAAUAUGACGGAAAAGGGGAGUCCAGAAAGUUUGAUCCAAACUUCAAAGGGCCGAUCCACAACAGGGGCUGCACAGAUGUCCUCUGCUGUAUACUCUUCAUCUUAGCCUUGCUGGGGUACUUUGCUGUGGGUAUCAUUGCCUGGUCUCAGGGGGACCCCAGGAAAGUGAUUUAUCCCACAGACAGCAGAGGUCAGUUCUGCGGACAAGCUGGGACACCUCUGGAGAAGAAACCACUUCUGUUCUACUUCAACAUCCUGAAAUGUGCCAGCCCUCUUGUGCUGCUGGAGUUUCAGUGUCCCACCACACAGUUAUGCGUGGAAAGCUGUCCUAAUAGGCAUCUUACAUUGAUAAAAGCCAAGGUAGGAAAUAAAGAUGACCAGGAAUACUACAAAAAAUACUGCAAGGAAGGCGUGAACUUCACUGGACUGAGUCCGCCAGCGAUCCUUAAAGAUGGCUUGUGCCCAGCUAUGCUGAUGCCCAGUAAAGCCUUCACGCGCCGGUGCCUUCCUGCUUUGGCAACAUUAAAAGGUGGUGUUGUGGUGGUCGGCAACGAGACGACUUUCGAUGAUGGAAAUAGUGGCACUGUCAAUGCCAGUGAUGUGCUGGAGGCAUCAAAGAAGUCAAAUAUAGCUGUGGAAGCUCGUCAGGUCGCCAUGAGAAUCUUUGAGGACUACACUCAUUCUUGGCAUUGGAUAUUACUCGGUCUGGUGAUAGCCAUGGUCGUCAGCUUGAUUUUCAUCGUCCUGCUGCGAUUCUUGGCUGGCAUCAUGGUCUGGAUCAUGAUUAUUUUGGUUAUCCUAGUCAUUGGUUAUGGCAUUUUCCACUGUUACAUGGAGUUUGCCAGCUUGAAGGGUGAGCCUGGUGCUGAUGUCACCAUCCGUGACCUGGGCCUGCAGACGGACUUCUCUGUCUACCUGCAGAUCAGGCAGACCUGGCUGGCUUUCAUGAUUAUCCUGGCUAUUGUGGAGUUCAUUAUCAUCCUGCUACUCAUCUUCCUCAGGAAGAGAAUAAUGAUUGCCAUUGCCCUCAUCAAAGAGGCCAGCAGAGCUGUUGGCCACGUUAUGUCAUCGCUGUUCUACCCACUGCUGACCUUUGCCCUUUUGGCUGUGGUGAUCGCUUACUGGGCCAUUACUGCUGUCUUCUUAUCCACCUCUAAUGAGCAGGUGUACAAAGUUUUCAACACCUCUGACUGCCCAUUCUCACGAGAGACCUGUGACCCCAAGACAUUCAACUCCUCCAAUGCAUCACUUGUGUGUCCAGAUGCAGUUUGCCUGUUUGCUUUUUAUGGUGGUGAGACUCUCUACCAUAAAUACCUCAUCCUCUUUCAGUUCUACAACGUCUUCCUUUUCUUUUGGUGUGCAAACUUUGUGACGGCCUUGGGCCAAGUCACUCUGUCUGGUGCAUUUGCAUCAUAUUACUGGGCCUUCAAGAAGCCUGAGGAUAUCCCUGCCUACCCCAUCUUCUCCUCUCUUGGAAGGGCCCUAAGAUACCACACAGGCUCUCUGGCGUUUGGCUCUCUCAUCCUGUCUUUAGUCCAAGUUAUCAGGGUCCUUCUGGAGUAUCUGGAUCACAAGUUAAAAGGUGCUCAAAACAAAUUUGCUAAGUUUCUGCUAAGCUGCUUGAAGUGCUGCUUCUGGUGUCUGGAGAAAUGUAUCAAGUUCCUGAACAGAAAUGCGUACAUCAUGAUUGCAAUCUAUGGAAAAAACUUCUGCACCGCAGCUCGAGAUGCCUUUUUCCUUCUCAUGAGAAACAUUAUUCGAGUGGCUGUUUUAGAUAAAGUGACCGACUUCCUGCUGUUCCUUGGGAAGCUCCUUAUUGUUGGCAUUGUUGGGAUUUUCUCUUUUUUCUUCUUCUCCGGAAGAAUCAAAGCUGUAGAGCAGGCUGCUCCAUCUCUCAACUACUAUUGGGUCCCAAUACUGACAGUGGUAGUGGGAUCCUACCUCAUCGCCCAUGGCUUCUUCAGUGUGUAUGCUAUGUGUGUGGACACACUUUUCCUCUGCUUCUGUGAGGACUUGGAAAGAAAUGACGGCUCUUCUGAAAGGCCUUACUUCAUGUCCCCUGAGCUGCAUGAUAUCCUCUCCAAAUCAAAGCCAGUGGAGGAAGAUCGCAAUGGUGUUGAGCAGGCGGAUGCUGCGAAACAAGUGGACGAAGUUAAAGUGGAGGAGGAAACACCUCUUCAGCAGCAGGAUGGAGAAAUACAGCUGAAAGAACAGACAAAGCUGAAGGGGGAAAAUGAGGAGGAGCAGGCUUUGCAGUCAAAGAUAGAUGCUGACGAAUCAAAAGAAGAGAAGACGGAGGAACAAAAGAUCAGUCUGGAAGAUGAGACUGAAAGGAAAGAAGAACCAGAAGUGAAAGAGAUGUCAGAAAAGCAGGAGUUGAAAACGAAGGAAAAGGUGGAGGAGGUGUCCGCUGCACCUGUGGAGGCAGAGAAAGAGGAGACUGGUGAAAAGAAUGAGAAAAAAGAGGAGACUAAGGAAGAAAAACCUUCUGGACCACAGGAGUAGAUGUUGCAAAGCACCUGAGGCUCAGAAAAUCUCAUAGAGCAUAAAGAAUGAAAGAUGUGUAACUACACCUUUGUGAUAUGGACCUGUUAAAUGUACGCCAUACAACAAGCUAAAGUUUCAGAUUGCCUUGCUAUGUGAGUAUAGGAGGGAUGUCCACCUGGAGAGGGUUGAAGGUUUGAAGCAGGUCAAAAGCCCAGUGCAUCUCUGUAGCUUGAAAAAAAACAAAACGCUCUCUUGUGUUGGUUUUAGAACAGUGUUGGUUUUUAUAUCGUGAAGAUCUGUUGAACAUCGUGAGUGCUGAACCUGUGCCUGAUUACUGUCACUAAUAUUUGUUGUCUUAAUGCUGUUAACAAAUGCACUACAGAUACACUUAAGUACCGUGUUUACAGUCAGAACAAACAUCUCAAUCAAAGGUGAAUCUCUUUCACUGUUUACAAUAAUACCAGCUGACGCCAAAAUGUUAACAGACAUAUUUGAUAUACUGUAUGAAUAUUGGAUUUUAUCCCCUAUGGAACUUGUACAUAUACAGUAGUGUACAUCUGUUAUGUAUUUUUUGGCUUCAGUCAAGUGGAGAUCCUUGCAGAGAGGGGUUCCAUAUAUUGUAUUUCCACCUACUUGCCUUGGUAUUUUGGACUGACGUAAGUGCUGUGAUUGUGUCGCCAUGAUGAAGCCAUCAUGACCUCUCGGACUCUACGAACCCCCCAGUUUGUUUACUGAUGCCUCCUGCCUUGCUCUGUCCCUCCCCUUAAAUCUCUCUCUCUCUUUAAGCACUGCAUGGUACUGACAUGACCUUCUGAAUGCUAACUAACAUCUUAAGUCUCUGGAUGCUUUUGUACCUUUUUCUUGUCACUUUGUGAAAGAUCUAAGUCGUUUUUCCACUAAAUUUUCUGAUGACAUUCCGUCGUCACUGCGUGUCAAUCUUGAUUAAAGGUGAUUGUAUUUUAAUCGUAGUAGUUCAGAAUUUCAAGUUUGGUUGGUGUUUUGAAGCAGGUGAGUUUUCAUGUGAAAUAAAUCCCUGGCAAUGAUUUCACCUUUAGAGCACACAACAAAUUUUACAUGCCAAAAUCAGUUUGUAUAAAUUUCUCUUCGUCCUCCUUCUUAAAAUAAGUAUCACUUGAAUAAAUCUACAGUUGGGCUUUAGAUACUUAAAUCAGAAUAUCUCUCUCUUUGUUAUUAAGAGCAUUUUCUUCACAAUUGUUUCCCAUUUAUAGCUUGUGAGCCCUUAAAAGAAGUGGCAUCGUGUAUACAUUGUGACCCUUAAUCACAUGCUAUUGAAUUUUGUGUGGAAGUUACUUGUGAACAGUUUGAACUAAGAGAUACAUGAUGAGGUACAUGAAGAAAGGAAUGAGAAAAGUCAUUAAAAUAAACGAUACAUUGUAACCUAAAUGUGCCUUUUCCCCUUUUUUUCCUUUUAGUCAUGUCAUUCAGGGUUUUUUAGGAGUAUUUAAAGGAUCCCCCCACCUAAUUAGAUAAUACUCAAAGCAAUUUACUUAAGUACACCUUAGGGGGCUGUAAGAUAAAACUGGUGGCAGAUAGACGAUGCAUAAAUAAAAGAAAGAUAGAUUACAGAUCUGUGUUGGUGUGUGUGAGAAAAUUGUUCUUCAAUUCUCUCUUGUCCA